AUGCUGCUUGGAUGUUACUGGAUAAUUGAUUAUCAACGAAAUCGUCCAAGAAUAAGAUACCGCUUCAUCAAAUAUUGGAGUUCCACCAUCCUCCACCUCUUUCGCCCGUACUCCGCAACUGCAUGUUUUUCCACUGCUUUUGUUCGCUACGAACUACUUGGAGCCGUAGUUGCAACAUUCUUUAACAAAUUAGUACAUAUGCAGGACAAUGGAUACUCAAAGCAACUCGAAGCAACUGAAGCUCGUUUCUCAAAUUUCACCCGUUUCCAUAAGAUGAAUGACGUUUGCACGAUACGUGUCAAGUGCUUUGGGCUCUUGUUACUUAUGCAGAUAUUUGAGCGACUCAUUAGGAUACUCAAUUCUUUUUUGAUAAAGACUGUAUUGAAUAGCGCCUCUUCUGUUCAUCUAGUCAAUAACGUCUUUUGGAGUGACUUAAAAGCAGAAAAUGCGAUUUUGCACGUGUUGCCGUAUAGAAUACCUUUAAGAGAAGCUCCAAAGGCGGCCAACACAAUGACUUUGAUUGGCAAUCGCUUAAACAACUUUUCUCUUUCGAAAGGAGUUGCUUUCAAACUGCAGUUCAUUAAAGGUGAACCUGUUGUAAUUGCUCUUUUUUUGCACAGAUUUGUUUCUUCAAUCCAAGCACUGUUAAGUAAAAGCAUCUUUUCUCUUUUGACUGAAGGAUUAGAGCGUUCAAUAGAGCGUCCAACGCUAUUAUGA